GGACAAAAAUGCGCAAAAAAAUUUAUACACGAAUAAUUCCAUCAGGGAAGCUUCACAAGAAGUCUUAUCUUAUGUGCAAUUCCGAAAUAAAAAAAAUAAAAUAAAAUAAAAAACAAGCACUAAAAUCGUGUAAUUUCUUUAGAUACAGUGCAUUACAUUCUGAACAGUAUUUUACAGUCAGAUUUUUUUGUUUGUUUUUAAAGAAAAUGAAUUGUUAUUUAGUUAUAGCUUCGCGACAAGCUCGACGGUUAAAUAAAUAUAUAAAUACACGGAUUCAUAUCACCUCUUCUGCCAACUUCACUAGCAAACAAAAACACACCUGUAGACAGUUUGGUUUGUUUUAUUCAUUUGGAUUCACCAGUGCUUCUCCACUACUCGUCCAUAAAAUAGUUUAUAACUAUUAAGAUAGUCUGCCAGUGGAUUGAAAACAGUAAUAACUCUCCAACCUACGGGCAUAAAGUUGGUGUGACGUUGGACGUUCGAUAUUCGAUAUUCGCAGAUACGCGGAAAUUAAGGGACCGUCUCUAAAGUUACAUACGACAUUGGUAUACACGUUUCUAACUUCAAUAGCAUUAGAAGGGAAUGACUUACAGUCACACAACCAACUGUAAAAUGUUCAUCUAGGUUUCAGCUGACAUUCUCAUUGCGACGAUGGCUGACUCUAAUAGUUUUGAACAGAUUGAAACUGAUGACGGACUGCCAGACUGGUCUGCAAUGAGCACACAAUUGAACUCGGUCCAGGCUUUUCCCCAUCCUGAGUGUAUGAAGAGCGAAGAUGCACGGCUGAAGACGUUCAGCAACUGGCCCUCUUGGUCCCCAGUCCAGCCUCAUGAUCUAGUGCAAGCUGGGAUGUUUUACGUGCCAGAGAGUAACAGGCAGGAAGACAGGGUGCAGUGUUUCUGCUGCGCAGGCAUGCUGGUCAACUGGGAGGAAGGUGAUGAUCCCUGGCAGGAACAUGCCAGAGUUUAUCCAGACUGCCUUUUCAUUUUGGGACAUGAUGUGGGGAACAUCCCCUCUACGCAACCAAGACAGAGAAGCAGUGCUCAUAACAGUUCAAUGGAGUCCUUUGAGGAGCGCCUUGAAAGCUUCAGGGACAGAGUGCAUCCCAUCAACCCUGAAAGGCUGGCUAGAGCUGGGUUUUCUAGCAUAGGUGACCGAGACUGUGUGGUUUGCUUCAAAUGUGGAGGACGUCUGAAGAACUGGCAGCCAGAUGAGGACCCGUGGGAGGAGCAUGCCAAGCACUAUCCAGGAUGCAGUUUCCUGCUCGCAGAAAAAGGGCAAGAGUUUAUCAACAGCGUUCAGCUAAGAACUCCAGGACGCAGCUCUUCAAAUGGAUUUUUCAGUCGUGAGAGAGCAGCAUCAAAUGUACUGCAGUCAGAGAGCCGUGAGGACUAUUCAACUGUGGAAGAUCUCGUUGUAGACAUAACCGUUGGUGUGUUUGAUAGCGAUUCUGAUAUGUGUCGGGAUACUCUGAACGAAGACCCCUUGAAGAAGCUGGAGAAGCUGCAGCGUGAAAAGCUCUGCAAAGUGUGCAUGGACAGUGACAUUGCGAUCGUCUUCAUCCCCUGCAAACACUUGGUGACUUGUAAGAAGUGCUCCGAGCCUCUUUGCAAGUGCCCCAUCUGUUGUGCAGACAUCACACAGAAAAUCAAGACGUUCUGCUCGUAACCUCCAGCGCACUCACGCUCAGACAGAACUGCUGCGUUUCCCACUCAUUUAAUUAUGAGCAAUCCUUAAAAAGAUACAUGUAUAUGGAUCCUUAAAUAUACACACACAAUACAUAGAUGUGUUAGACAAAAAGAAUUUUAUUGUUUUAUACUAUAGGGUAUAUAAUGAGAAAUAUUUGUAUAUUUGGAUUAUGUUAGAGCAAAUAUGUUAUACAUAAGAAAAACGUUUUUUGGAAGGACCAGGUAAAGCUGAGGCUGCUGUCUGGGUACAGAUCAAAUGUAAUCUUAGGAUAAAUAUAUUGUAAGUAGAUAAUUUAAUAUAUAUAUUAAUAUAUAU